GUCUGUAGAUAUUCUUGAGCGAUUGCCUGACCCUAAUUAUCUACCAACGUCUUAAAAGUAAUUACUUUACAAAGCGCCCGAAGAUGUGGACAAACGGCGGGAACCGCCCGGGAGCGACUUCGUCUACAAAAGGUACAUGCCACUAUUACGUGAGGACUGGAACCUGUCGCUUUGGUUCGAGGUGCAAAUUCUCCCACGAUACAGGCGACAAGUCGGAUUGCCAACCACGAGGUCAAGGGCGACCUAGCAAUGUCGCACUCAACGACUCGGCAGCGAAUGCCAGACGGAGCGAUGGCCGAGCCCACAAUGCCUCAAACCAAGCGCGUAACCCUGAGCGUGAGCGGCUAUUUCAGUGGAAACGACUUCGACCUCAGCCAAAACAGGUGUCGCUGCUCUGGGACGAGACCACUUCGAAGUUCUUCCGCACUGCUAUCAUUCUAGUGGAGCAAGAUGUGAGCCUGGCACAAGAGGUUGUCAAGGAGAUGGCCACUGAAACUCGACUAUCGCUUGUCAGAGAUGUUAUUGAGGGGUCUGCCACUACUAGAACGCCCAAAGACAAAGCAAUUCUUUGGGAAUCGCGUAUUUCGCCCUUGUUCCUAGUUAUGCUUCACCCAACUGUUGUAGACUCUGUGGUCCUUGAGCAGGAAACCGCGAUGCUCUAUCGAUUACUCUUGGGAAUCGACGCCACUCGUCUGAAGACUCUGUUCAAUUUCAUCUUCGAUAUCAUCGAUCAUUGGGCUGAGUUACCUUUCGAAGGUACUGGUAUCUUUGGCAUGGAAGCACUUGCUCUUUCCUGCGGCGUCUUGGCCAAAGUCAUCAACACCAGCACCUCGAACAUUGUCAACGCCCUCUUUCAUCCUAUUGUCGAAGGAAUCAAGCUGCGAUUGGAUGUUUCUGGCAAUAAGGAAAGCGACUUCCAUUCCUUGCAAGCAAACAGACACCUCGACUAUGUUUGCCGUCGCUUGGGGAUCGGCCAAACUCUGGUUGACGCUGUCCAUGUCUCCGCGUCGUCUGGUGCCAUGGCCGAGUUCACUCUCAGCCAGGACUUGCCUGGCAGACUCUCAAAACGUCGCGAGCGCCACGACAAUGACCACCAAGACAUAUCAGAUAUCAAGCUGAUGCCCACUCAUCAAGAAAUCAUGUCUUCACGAGAUGAAUACCUGCCAGUUGCCAACCCCGCACAGCAUCAUCUACAAGGUCUGCGAGGUUUGCUAGAUCGUCAUUUCCGUCUCCUACGCGAGGAUACACUCCACGAUUUACGCAGCGCCAUCCGCACGACAGUGGAGUCGGCCGUCAAGGUGCGAGAUGUUAGGACACGAGUCGUGGCCUAUGAGAACGCCAUUGCUGUUGACAUGACCUUCGACCGAUGGUCAGGCCUUGAGUUCAUUGUCCAGAUUGACCAACCUCGACCUACAAGAGGUCUGGAUAAAUUGCAACGCGGCACUUGGUGGGCAGGAAAGAGACUCAUGGAUGGGUCUCUUGUGUGUAUUGUUGAUGGAGUGGGCGGUAUCUUCUUCUUUCAGAUUUCAAGGUCGACCAUCAGGACGCCCAAAGACGAGAACCAGCUAGGUCAAGCAGACGAUCAAGAGGAGGGUCAGAAGAAGGGACCGCGCUACAGUCUGCUCGACGAUCAAAAUCACGCAUACGUGCAUCUCCAAUUGGUUGACACAGGUGUCGAAGAGAUCAAGAGAUCACUCAGGUGGUUCAAGACCAUGCGGAUCGUCCGCCAGCACCGUCGUCUUCUCGAAUUCCCCUCCAUCCUACUGCCUUCCUUCGCCCCUCCAUUGAAGGCAUUGCAAGAUAUGUCACGGACGCUGGACCUUCCUUUCCAAGACAUCCUAACGCUUCGUGCCGGGAGUCAACCAGCGGACAUAUCUCCUCCACUCUACUCCAAGCGACCCGGUUUCUCCUUCGAUCUGAGCUGCCUAUCGAACGAUGGCAGGAAACUCUCAUACGCGCCCGGCGAUGCUAUCAACCCGUCACGUCUAAGUAGGCACUCUAGCCUUGAUAAGACUCAAUCUGAGGCCAUCCUUAAUUCACUGAGAAGAUCCUUCGCCCUGAUACAAGGUCCUCCGGGUACGGGAAAGAGCUAUACUGGAGAAGCGCUCAUCAAAGUGUUGCUUGCCAACAAAUCGAAAGUCAAGUUGGGGCCUAUUAUGUGCGUUUGCUACACCAAUCAUGCUUUGGACCAGUUGUUGGAGCAUCUUUUAGAUGGUGGUGUCAAGAAUAUCAUUCGCAUUGGCUCUCGAUCCAAAUCUGAGAGGUUGGCGCCUGUGAACUUGAGAGCGGUUGCUCGAGACAUGACCCGCACGGCUGCGGAAGGUCGAGAUCUCUAUAAAUCCAUCGAGACUUUGGACGUCAACACAAGCGAGAUUCGCGAUAGGCUUUCGAACUUCAGCUUCAGUAGAGACAACGAAAAGAUUCGUCUUCAUCUUGCCGAAUACUAUCCUGCCCAACAUGAGGAGCUGAUGGGGCCAACCCUGCCAAACUAUGACGACGAAGGGAAGUGGCAUACGGUAUCUUAUUCACGCGGGGAUGUUGUCAAAAAGUGGCUCGCCGGCGGCUUGCCCACCAAUACGACACGCCCACUCCGGCGCUUGCGCCACUUGAAGCUAUCCGACCUCUACCACCAGGAACGCAUCCUGCUCUACCAAGAAUGGCUUGACGAAGUGCUGAAAGGAGAGAUUGAUUCGCUGUCAAGGUUACACAAGGCCUACCAGGCAAACAAAGAAAGUAACAGCAAGAUCAGAAGCUCCAUGGAUCUGCGCUGCCUUCAAGAAGCCAACAUCAUUGGUGUCACAACCACGGGGCUCGCCACCAAUCUUGACCUUCUUCGGCGAGUGCAUGGCAAGGUUCUUGUAUGCGAAGAAGCGGGCGAAGUUCUGGAAGCUCAUCUUUUGACCGCACUCUUGCCAACUAUCGAGCAUGCCAUUCUGAUCGGGGAUCACCUUCAGCUACGUCCUCAGAUACAAGACUGGAGACUCCAACGUGCAAACCCGGCUGGCUUUAAGUACUCCCUGGAUGUGUCACUUUUCGAAAGACUUGUCCAACCGCCUCCCAACGUCCCGAGUAUCCCGUUCAGCGUCCUUGAUACGCAACGUCGAAUGCACCCAUCGAUUGCGGAACUAGUACGAUCGACACUGUACCCAUCUUUGUCAGACUCUGAAAAUGUGCAAGACUACCCAGAGGUCCCCGGCAUGGCACGAAGGCUCUUUUGGCUCCACCACGAAAGCCCGGAAUCGGGCGGAAAGUCUGACCAGGACUCUGUUGAGACGUCGUACUCCAACAAUUUCGAGAUUGAGCUUGUUUCGGGGCUUGUAUCCCACCUGCUAAGGCAGGGCGUGUAUAAAUCCGGGGAAAUCGCCGUCUUGACGCCUUAUCUAGGACAACUCAACAAGCUGCGACAGAAGCUCAGCUCUAUUAUGCAGAUCGUCAUCAACGACCGAGAUAUGGAUGAUCUUGCUGAGAUGGAAUCUGCUUCUACUUCUCCUCAGGGCAGCUCCACGAACAUAGGGCAAGCGGCAAAAACAAAUGCUCUGAGCGGUGUUCGAGCCGCAACGGUCGACAACUUUCAAGGCGAGGAGGCCAAUGUUGUCAUUAUCUCACUUGUCCGCAGCAACAACGACAAGAGAUGCGGAUUCCUCAGUACUUCCAACCGCAUCAAUGUUCUUCUCUCUCGAGCUAAGCACGGUAUGUACAUUAUUGGCAAUUCACAUACCUCGAGUCAUGUCACCAUGUGGGCGCAAGUCACGGAAAUCCUCCAGAACGGCGGCAACUUCGGCAAUAGGUUGGAACUCCAAUGUCCGCGACAUCCUCAAAACACGAGCUUCGUGUCACAGCCAGAGGACUUCCUUCGAUUCUCUCCAGAUGGUGGAUGCAAACUCCGAUGUGACCGUCGGCUGGCAUGUGGCCACGCCUGUACUGGACCUUGCCACUCCGAUCACCUUCACAACGCCAUUAAAUGUCUCGAGGACUGUGCAAGGCCAAAGGAAAGCUGCGAUCACCCAUGCCGCCGACGCUGUGGAGAGCCUUGCGAUAAGCCGUGCACCGAGGUGCUGCGCGGCAUUGGUUUCAAGCUUCCAUGCGGUCACAUCCUCGACACCGUCGCUUGUUGGAAAGCCCAGGACCCAUCUUUGAUCGAAUGUGUCGUCCAAGUCGACAAAGAGGUGCCAGGAUGCAAUCAUACCGUGAAGGUGUCUUGCCACGUGGACGUUGCCAGGGACAGCUAUCUCUGCAGGGCUGAGUGUGGCUUCCAGAGGCCUUGUGGCCAUGCCUGCAAGUCGCCGUGCUCGGCAUGUCUCAUUAGAAAGGGUGGCGAAGUGGUCGAAGAGGACCACAAAGCUUGUCGACAGACCUGCGGAAGGUCCUACACAUCCUGUAGUCACUCUUGCCGAGACACUUGCCAUGCAGAUGGAGCUUGCCCUCCCUGUUCAUCUCCAUGUCAGAACAAAUGCGUGCACUCAAAGUGCGGCAAGAAAUGUUAUGAGCCUUGCCCACCGUGUGCAGAGGAGGCGUGCCCAUCCGCAUGCCCACACUCUAAGUGUUCAAUGCCUUGCGCGGCUCCUUGCGAUUGGAUCCCCUGCACCAAGCGGUGUACCGAAGUGUUGAAUUGCGGGCAUCAAUGCCCCUCUAUCUGCGGAGAACGUUGUCCAGACAAAAAAUACUGCCAGACGUGUGCCUCGGAUGACAUCAAGAACAGGGUGGUUGACCUCAUCCUCAUGAACGACUACGACUCAGUGGACCUGGACGAGGAGCCCUGUAUCUUUCCAGACUGUGGCCACUUUUUCACUUACAAAACCAUGGACGGACAGAUGGGGCUUCACGAUCUUUACGAGGUCUCGCCCGACGGAGUGCCAACGACCAUCAAAUCAGGGUCUCAUCCAUUCUCAGCGACUAACAUCAAGGUGUGCCCCGACUGCCGAGGAUCUUUAAGAAACAUCUCCAGGUAUGGGAGGAUCGUUCGCCGUGGACUUCUAGAUGAGUCAACGAGAAAAUUCAUCAGCUGGGCCCAUGGCGUCAAGCAAAAGUUGACCGACGCAUUCUUCGCCGCGCAAGACACUCUGCAGAAGAUGGAGAAGAGCAAAUUCAGCUUUCCUACAACACAGUCAGGGUUUCCCACAGCCCAAUCUAGUUUUGCUCUUAGGGGAUCUCGGCAGCAACAAAUGACCCAUCUCUUUAAGCUCACGGGAGACACUCGGUACAUGGCCCUCAGGAUGCUCCGGAACCAGAUCACCAACUUCCUCGGGGCGGUCUGGAAAGAGGAACAGCCGUACCAGCGUGUGGCACACCUGGUCUGGCACGUCAACAAGCGGCGGCAAACCAGCGACUACUCAUUUGACGAGUCGGCAAUUCAGAUGGGUGGUUUCUUGGACGCCAUGACGCUCUCGCUGCGGUGCGAUCUCCUUCUGGUUUCUGAUUACAUCAGUCUGUGCCGCAAUGCCACGGAUAACAACGGCGCCAAGUCUGCCAAUAUCGAUGCGGUGCCAUACAUCAAGGAUUGCGAGCGACUGAUCGAGAUUGCUCACAUGAGGAAUUAUUCCAGAGUAGAAGUCGAAGGGCACAUCUUUCUUGCCAUGUUCUGCUACUUUGCACCGCCUGACGAUACCAAGCCGACGACUGGCACGCAAGAUACACCCAAAGCAGAAGGCUCCUCGGCGAGAGAGAGGAUAAUCAAGCUCGGCGAGGACCACCUUCAGAAAGCUGAGGACAUCCUUAAAGAGUACCCGCUCACUGCGAUGCUUGCAUCCGAAGUGGAGACGGCGAAGCGCAUGCUCCACGACGGGAUAUUCUACAGCGAUGUGUCCACGGACGAAAUGCGAGCCGUCUACGCGGCCAUGAGCAAGGAAUUCUUGGGAACAGGGCACUGGUACACAUGCCGCAACGGACAUCCCUUCACCAUUGGGGAGUGUGGCAUGGCGAUGCAGCAGACGGUGUGUCCGGAAUGCAACUCUCCCGUGGGCGGCCGAAAUCACUCUUCGGCCGAAGGCGUGAGGCAUGCUGCAGAGAUCGAUGAGCUUGCGCGCGGCGUUGGGAGAAUGGGGCUCUGAAGUAGAGUAACAGAUGGAAGAGGAAAUGUCAAAUCUUGAGCCUUUCAGCUGUCACUUUCCUUUUUAAUUGGCUAUCCCUAAGGUUUGUCCAUUGCACCGGUGACUAUCAGACUGACAUACGGGAGAUGUAGCUGGGUUGCUCAUCAGCCU